GGGGGGCGGGGCGUCGCCACUGAAGGCAGCUGUCAGAUGCAGGGAACGGAGCUUCUUCUCACACCAACGGUGAACAGAGACUUUAACAUCCCACAAGAAGACUCAUGAAUCUGGUUCAGGUCCGAUCAAAGAUGGCUUUCUGAGUCACAGAGAGAUCUGAUAUUCCCCAGCCAUCAUCUGACCUUUCUGACCUCAUCCCAUCUUCACCAUGGAGACCACCAACAACUAUGUGCUGAUCCAUGGAAAGAACAUAUCCCACAAUGCCCUGGCAGGCUCUGCUGCGGUGCCCCACAUGUCCAUUGACAAGCUUUUCCCAGCUCUCCUUGAGUGCUUUGGCAUCAUAUUAUGCGGCUACAUAGCUGGCAGGGCAGACAUCAUCACAGAGGGCCAGGCAAAGGGUUUGGGGAACUUUGUGUCUAAGUUUGCUCUACCAGCUCUGCUCUUUAAAAACAUGGUGCUGUUGGACUUUGGAGAUGUCAUCUGGGCGUUUCUCUGGAGUGUGCUGGUCGCUAAGGUGACAGUGUUUGUUCUGGUGUUGGUGCUGACUCUGAUGGUGGCCAGUCCAGAAAGCAGAUACAGCAAAGCCGGCUUGUAUGCCAUCUUUGCCACGCAGAGCAAUGACUUUGCUUUAGGAUAUCCUAUAGUUGAUGCUUUGUAUCGGAGCACCUAUCCAGAGUACCUCCAGUACAUCUAUCUAGUCGCCCCGGUCUCCCUCAUGCUCCUCAAUCCAAUCGGCUUUGCUUUUUGUGAGGUGCAGAAGUGGCGGCAGGCCAGCCAUUCACAUCAUAGCUCAGUUGGCAUCGUGGGAGUUGUAGUCAUACAGGUGUUGAAGAACCCGGUAGUAUUCAUGGUGAUUGUAGGAAUCAUAGGCCACUUUGCCCUCGGCCAGAGGAUCCCUGCUGUGCUGUCAGAGUUCAUAGAUGGUCUGGCUAACUCUUUUGGAGGGGCAGCCUUGUUUUACCUUGGUCUCACCAUGGUUGGUCAGCUGAGAAAACUGACUCGAGACACUGGGGUUGCCUUGAUUCUUCUCAUUACAGCCAAACUCCUGAUAAUGCCUCUGGUCUGUAAAGACAUGGUGGAUAUUCUGGAUGUAGGAGUGAACAGCACAAGUGCAAACCACACUAGUCUGUCUAAUUUUGCUUUUCUUUAUGGAGUCUUUCCAACCGCACCGAGUGUGGCCAUCUAUGCUGGACACUACAACAUGGAGCUAGAGGUGGUCACAUCGGGGAUGGUAAUUAGUACGUUUUUGUCUGCACCCAUCAUGUACGUGUCAGCUUGGCUAUUAACAAUCCCUCUAAUGGACCCAGCCCCGCUGGUGGCAGAACUUGAAAACGUUAGCUUCAACAUCAGCAUUGUCAGCCUUUUGGCACUGGUGUGGACCAUAGUGGUAAUGUUGCUGAGCAGGAAAUUCAACAGGCUUCCUCACCUCUUUGCCUUAAAUCUUUUCCUGGCUCAGUUCUUGGUGUGUGUCAGUAUGAUCCUGUGGAACUUCUUAGUGAAGCAAGAGGGUAAUUUGAUUGGCAAAAUUAUCACCUUUACGCUGCUCUAUGGCUCUCUGUACAGCACCUACAUUUGGACAGGGUUGAUCCCUCUCUGUCUGGCUCUGACUAACAGAGAUGAUCUCCUGAGACUCCGACCAGGAGUGUUCAUGGCUUUAGGUUGGGGGGUUCCCUUUCUCAUGAUUGGAGGCCUUCUGACACUAGGGGAAAGGACUGAUUCCAUAGACUCUGCUUUCUUCUAUGGAAGAGCUCAGAUAAUAAGCACAGCAGUGGUGCUUGCAGUAAGCCUGGGGCUUGGUGCAAUAUCUCUGAUGGGUCUCAGCCAGGGAGACAGGGAGCAAAGAGGCUAUGAGGCCCUGAACAGAGCUGCAGUGACAGGCUUGAGUGAUGAGCUGAGGCCCCCUGAUGGUAUAGAAGAUUCACAACAACAACAACAACAGCAGCAGCAGCUGACUGCAAAUUCACCUGCUUGCAGCAUCAACUCAGACCCCCACAGUUUCUCUCCUCUCCAGUCCUUACCGGAUAUGAUAGCCAGCACACAGAGGGAGCACACUAACAGUACGGGCCACAGUGGGGCGCUGUUUGACGGGCAGACACAGGGUUCUUCCUCCUCCGAGCAGCCGCUGGACCUGCCUCCACCCGGGCUUCAAACCACUGAUGAUAAACAGACAGUCAGACACGUUCUGCUCUGUCUGCUCCUCAGUGUCAGCCUGCUGGCAAACCUGUCCAGCUGUCUGUGGUGGUUGUUCAACAAAGAUCCAGGGAGACUGUACCUUGAACUCCAGUUCUUCUGUGCUGUGGCAAACUAUGGACAGGGUUUCCUGUCGUUUGGGAUCUUUGGUCUGGACAGACACCUCAUCAUCCUUCCCUUUAAAAAGAGGUUUCUGAGCCUGUGGCAGGGCAGGGAUGUUGAGGAUUUAAGUCCCUCAGGCAUACCAGAGGAAGUCAGACUCACCUGUACACAGUUUGUCCGUUACCACAAAGACCAGUGUGUUCAAGACAUUGUGCACACACGCAGUGCCUCAGGGGAGAGUGUGAGUGCUUCCACAGGUGAAUCCUUCCUCUGAUAACAACAGGUUUGGAAAAAGAAGGGGGUCACUGGAGGAGAAGGCUUUGAGACAGUCUUCCUCGGAGCAGCCCCAGCACCUUCACUCGCAUCAUGAUCCUCAGGAGCAACUAAGCCACGAGCCGCAGAAUCUGCACCCAACUCAAGAUCAAGCUGAAUCCUGCAGCCAGUGUUCGCUUCCAUCCAGACCCAAGCCUGAGCCUGAGAACGUCCACAGAACUCAUGACCCAGCUAAUCUUCACCAGCACGGUCUUUCCUCGACCCCAUCCCAUCUCCGGCAGCAUCCUCCUCCUCCCCCUUCAGAAAGUGUAUUCCAGGGCAGUGACUUGGUGCACUGGCUGGUGGAGCGGGGAUUGUGCGCUGGGCGAGCCGAGGCUGAACUGUACUGUGUUAAACUUCAGCAGGGAGGAGUUAUUGGUCACGUGGGAGGUCAGGGCAGCUUCACGGAUGAACCCAAUCUGCUGUACUGUUUCACACAGGAGAGAGAGAGAGGGGGAGAGGGGAGGAAUAGUCCCAUAACAUGUUAGAGGGAGUGAAGGGGAAGCGGCAGCCGCCAUGACCAAGUGUCAAAGCCAAAGCUAAAGUGCCUUGUUGUGCAGAUUUUGGACCACUAAAUACUACUCAAGGAACUGCUAAGACUUGCAACUUCUCUGUUUACUCAAUUCAGUCAUUUGUGGUAGAAUCAAACCUGUUUUCUGAAUUCACCUUUCAUGUGUGUCAGUUGCAUUUUUUACGUCUUUGUUCCAGGUUGAUAUUUAGUGGUAUUUGUGAAGGUGUGUGUGCUCUGACUGGCAGGCGUCUCUAGGUAAUGAUGGCGGUAGCUGCUUGCUUGUCAAAGGGCUUGUGGAGACAGUUGAGAAAGAAUGAAGAGUAGGCAGAGGAAACAAGCACUCCCUGUUAUUCCCCCUCUUCUGACUCUGGACCUAAUCUGAACUUCUUUUAACUCAUCAUCAAAAAACAUUUUAUUGCUCUGAACCGAGCUGGCUCCUCUCACUUUUUUUAUUUACAGCAUCUUCUGGAUCUCUGGGAGCCAGUGAACUUCUUAUGAUUCUCAUUUUUAAUGUAAAGGACGUAGAAGUUUGUUUUAAAGAAGCUGCCUUCUAUCAGCCCGUUGUCAUCAAGCACUGUUUGAUAUUUGUGACAUCGUUGGUGAGUUUAGCCAAUAAGCUGCAGAGCUCUCACUGAAAGCCAGUGGUGUUUUUUUGCGUUCUCGUUCUGUUCCAUGUUGUCCUGUUUCUUUCACAUCAUCCUAAAUCAGCCUGUUUUAUCAACAUUUGAUAUUUUGCACGCUGUGUCUUUGAACCACUCUGGUCUACAUUGUAAACUUGCAUGACUCAGAGCAGAGAGGAGUUCUGCUCAGCACUGAACUGUUUGCACUGACUAAAUAACAUUUGUCAUGUUUUUAAAUUAUGCAACUCACUGGACCUCUGUCUUGUGAUGAUGCUGCAAAAGAUAUUUGUUAUUUUGUAAUUAUUGUUCCUGCUAUCAACUGGAACUCUUUUUGGAACUGAUUGUGGCCAAGUUACAAAUCAUAUUCAUUCAGUGACUUUGGGAAUCAGCCAAGUCUAGCACUAGUUUGAUUUAAAAAAAAAAGUUUUUGCCAGACCUGAACUUUUUAUUAUUUAAUGACAAACCAAUGCAACUUGUGUAGUCCCAAUAACUGAGUUUGACACAUGAUGUGCUGUAGGCACGUAGAAUAAAAGUGAUCCACCCUAAAUUGCCCCUCUGUCCCUGUUAUCUAAUCACUUUUUAAAUUAGCAUGCAACCAAUAUCCUAUAUCAGUAUUCCAAUGGUGCAUUUUACUCUUAAUUCUAUAAUUUUUUAGGUAACUGAUCCAAAUAACUCUCUAAACUGAGCUUAAUUAAUAUCUAACAUUUGAGUGCCCUUAAUGUAAAACACCUCUGUCUAUGUGUUAUUUCAUGUUUAGUUGUUGCACUGAAAUUGAACUGACAGUCAUAAUUGCAGUCCUAAACCAUGCCAUUACUUUUACACAACCCUGACUUACCAGUAUGAAGUUUGUCUGCUGGAGGUCAUAACCACUACUGAUAUGUUUACAGAUCAACUCCCGCCAAGUGAGUGGCAGCUCUCACUACACUACCACUGUUGUUUGCCUGUUUAAUUGCUGCUGGUUUGUAUUAUGGUUACCAUGAAGAUGAAGUUUACUAUGUGUUGGCAGGGUUGUGGAAGACGAACAGAUGAUGAUAUGUGCAUAUACUAAUGUUACUACUGAUGUUGUGAUAUGUGAAGUCCAGCAAUAUGGUUUUCUUCCAUUGAACUCCAAAACUUCUAAACCAUUAUUCAAACCUUCACCUCUCACCUAAAGGCUAACAUCCAAUACCAAUAUCCAAUAUCCAAACCAGGAUGUUCCCUGUUCUUCAUCAUGCCCCUCCCAUUAACGAUCUGUGUGCAUGUGUUUCUGUUAGUCCUCUACCAUCCAACGCCAUAUUCAGCCAAUAUGACUUACUUCAGGUCUUUGUUUUCAUGGACUUCAAAGUUGAGUGCCUGCCUGUGCCAAUGUGAAGGUGUGUUUGUUUGCAUGAACAUAAAUGUCUGUGUGAUGUGUAUGUCUAGGUGUAGGAGAGCACUGAGAGAGAUCAAGAGAGACUUUAGCACAAGGUGUAAUGUGUGCUGUUGUUAAAUAGGAUCAGUGUUACUUUGGAUAUUUGUUUUAAAUGUGUUACUGUGGAUCAAUCAGGGUCGGUGAUUGUGUGACCAUGAGAAAGGCACAAAUAAACUACAGUUUGCAUCCAAAA